UUCACUGCCCUCAAGAGAACUUAGCCUGCCGGAAGCUGGUUGUUCGCUGAGGCGACCAGCGCCGGAAAGCGCGGUGGCGACGCGCUGUGUUCUCGCCGCUCAGAGGCGGGUCUAAGGCUCGGUGGCGGCGCCCAGGGUGGCCUGGGCCCUCUCCUCGGUCGUUGUCUCACCGCUAGCUCUACCCAUAGGCUCCGAUGGCGGCGGCCGCGCUGAGGGACCCAGCUCAGGUUCCUGUGACUGCGGAGUUGCUUACAGACCAUGAGGAGGGCUAUGUGACCUUUGAGGACGUGGCUGUCUACUUCUCUCAGGAGGAAUGGAGGUUGCUGGAUGAGGCUCAGAAGCUCCUCUACCGCAAUGUGAUGCUGGAGAACUUUUCGCUUCUGGCCUCUCUGGGACUUGCAUCUUCCAAGACCCAUGAAAUAACCCAGCUGGAGUCAUGGGAGGAGCCCUUCAUGCCUGCUUGGGAAGUUGUGACUUCAGCCACGCCGAGAGGUUGUUGGCAUGGAGCCGAGGCUGAGGAGGCUCCUGAGCAGAGUGCUUCUGUAGAAGUGCUCAGUUCAAACGUUCAGCAACACCAGAAGCAGUACUGUGGAGAGAAACCCUUAAAAAGACAAGAGGGCAGGGUCCCAGUUUUGAGGAGUUGCAAAGUUCACCUAUCAGAGAAGUUCUUGCAAAGCAGGGAGGUUGGGAAGGAUCUCCCGACCAGCUCAGGUGUUCUCAAGCACCAGGUGACUCACACGGGAGAGAAGUCACAUAGGAGCUACAAAAGUAGGGAGGCCUUUCAUGCUGGAAAAAGGCAUUACAAAUGCAGUGAAUGUGGGAAAGCCUUUGGUCAGAAAUAUUUACUUGUUCAGCACCAGAGACUACACACUGGGGAAAAGCCUUAUGAAUGCAGUGAAUGUGGGAAGUUAUUUAGCCAUAAGUCCAACCUUUUUAUACACCAAAUAGUUCACACUGGAGAAAGGCCUUAUGGGUGUAGUGAUUGUGGAAAAUCCUUUAGCCGUAAUGCUGACCUCAUUCAACACCAGAGAGUUCACACUGGAGAAAAGCCUUUUACAUGCAGUGAAUGUGGAAAAGCUUUCAGGCAUAAUUCCACACUUGUUCAGCAUCACAGAAUCCACACUGGAGUAAGACCUUAUGAGUGCAGUGAAUGUGGAAAAUUGUUUAGUUUCAACUCCAGCCUCAUGAAACAUCAGAGAGUUCACACUGGAGAAAGACCUUAUAAGUGCACUGAAUGUGGAAAAUUCUAUAGCCACAAGUCCAGCCUUAUCAAUCAUUGGCGUGUUCACACUGGAGAAAGGCCUUAUGAGUGCAGGGAAUGUGGGAAAUUUUUUAGCCAAAGCUCAAGCCUCAUGCAACAUCGAAAAGUUCACACUGGAGAAAAGCCUUUUAAGUGCAAUGAAUGUGGGAGAUUCUUUAGUGAGAAUUCCAGCCUUGUUAAACAUCAGAGGGUUCACACUGGAGCAAAGCCUUAUGAGUGCAGGGAAUGUGGGAAAUUUUUUCGCCACAGCUCCAGUCUUGUUAAACAUCGAAGGAUUCACACUGGGAAAUACAAUGAUUGUGGGAAAUCCUUUAGCUGGCGUUUCAACCUCAUUCAACACCAGAAAGUUAACACUGUAAAAAAGUCUUGAGGGUUACAAAUGGAAAUCCAUUAGCUACACCUCCAAACUCAUUCAACACUGGACAGUUCACAGAGUGGACAAUGUAGUGAAUAUGGUAAAAGGCCUCAGCCAAAGGCCUAACCCUAUUCAACACCAGAAAGUUUAGACUGGAGAAAGGCCUUAGACUGUUGCUGAAUCAAUAUGACCUGACUUAAAGCAGAAACAGCCAGGCGCGGUGGCUCACACCUGUUAUUCCCAGCACUUUGGGAGGCUGAAGCGGGUGGAUCACAAGGUCAGGACAUCGAGACCAUCCUGGUUAACACAAUGAAACCACAUCUCUACUAAAAAUACAAAAAAUUACUGGGCGUGGUGGCGGGUGCCUGUAGUCCCAGCUACUCAGGAGGCUGAGGCAGGAGAAUGGUGUGAGCCUAGGAGGCAGAGUUUGCAGUGAGCUGAGAUCGUGCCACUGCACUCCAGCCUAGGUGACAGAGCGAGACUCUGUCUAAAAAAAAAAAAAAAAAAAAAUUAGCCCGGCGUGAUGGCAGGCACCUGCAGUCCCAGCUACUUGGGAGGCUGAGGCAGGAGAAUGGUGUGAACCCAGGAGGCGGAGCUUACAGUGAGCUGAGAUCACACCAGUGCACUCCAGCCUGGGUGACAGAGUGAGACUCUGUCUCAAAAAAAAAAAAAAAAAAUCUUUCUUCUAUUUAUUUGCGUUUAUAUAGAAAAAGCAGUGGAGAGAAUGGAAACAACCCAGUCAGGAGGAGACUCCAACACCGAAAAAAAUUCAUGAGUACCAUAUUUACAUGUUUUAAAAUCAUAUUUUGUCAGAAUUAUAUUUUCACAACGAUAGAUAUGGUAAAAAUGAUUUAGCAUUUUCUCACAGUACCACAAAACAUUUUAAUUGAGCAAGAGAUUCCUUUUUAUGUGUUUUUUUUUUUUUUUUGAGAAGGAGUUUUGCUUUUGUUGCCCAGGUUGGAGCACAAUGCCCUUAUCUCGGCUCACUGCAACCUCCACCUCACGGGUUCAGGCAAUUCUCCUGCCUCAGCCUCCCAAGUAGCUGGGAUUUUAGGCGCUUGCCACCAUGACAGGCCAAUUUUUUGUAUUUUUAGUAAAGACAGGCUUUCACUAUGUUGGCCAGGCUGGUCUUGAACUCUUGACAUCAGGUGAUCCACCCACCUCGGCCCCCCAAAGUGUUGGGAUUACAGACGUGAACCACUGCGCCUGGCGAAGUGAGAGAGCUCUAACCAUAACUGAGACUUUGCUUAUUCAUAUAACUUAAUGGUUUAUGUUACAAGAUAAAUAAAAAUGAUUAGUAUUUGGUUAAAAAAUUUUAGGCUGGGCGCGGCCUAUUAUCUAAGAAAUUAGAUAUAUAUUUUGCAGACAAAUUCAUUACUAGUUGUGUCAUUUGUAGAUACUUUAUGCUAAUCAUUUGUAGCUCUUUUUAUUGUAACGAUAUUUUGAAGAGCGUUGCAUUGAUUUAAUUAUGAGAAAAUCUAAUUUCUUAAUUUUCCUGUUACGGUCUUGUUUGGUGUUUUUAUCUAAGAAAUAUUUGCUUCACUAUGAUCACAAAGAUUUUCCUCCAUUAUCUCCUAGAAGUUGUAUGGUUUGGCAGGGCACAGUGGCUCAUGCCUGUAAUCCCAGCACUUUGGGAGGCCGAGGUGGGCGGACCACUAGGUUAGGAGAUCGAGACCAUCCUGGCUAACACGGUGAAACCCUGUCUCUACUAAAAAUACAGAAAAUUAGCCGGGUGUGGUGGCGGGUGCCUGUAGUCCCAGCUACUCGGGAGGCUGAGGCAGGAGAAGGGCAUGAACCUAGGAGGCAGAGCUUGCAGUGAGCAGAAAUUGUGCCACUGCACACCAGCCUGGGCGAGAGAGCGAGACUCCGUCUCAAAAAAACAAAAACAAAAACAAAACAAAACAAAUACAAAAAAAAUUUAGCCAGGCAUGGUGGCGGGCGCCUGUAGUCCCAGCUACUCAGGAGGCUGAGGCAGGAGAAUGGUGUGAACCCAGGAGGCGGAGCUUGCAGUGAGCCAAGAUCGAGCCACUGCACUCCAGCCUGGGCGACAGAGCAAGACUCUGUCUCAAAAAAAAAAAAAAAAAAGUUGUAUGGUUUUUGGCUUUACAUUUAUGUCUAUGAAUUAUUUUGGGUUAAUUUUUAGGAUAGAACUUGCUGGAACAUGGGUUAAAUGGUCAGGAAAAAUGGUAAAUUAAGGAUAAAAAUGGCUGCAUUUUUUGGAAAAUAAAAGCAAAUAGCAAGAUGAUAGUGUUAUUCAUAGAGACAAAAGUGACUGAGAGACUUGGUGAUAAAAGCUGAGAAAACUGCUCAUUUUGGAGCACAUUUAAAUAUCUAUCACAAAGGCAAAUUGGAAGGUCAGGAAAAAAAUUGGAAAAAUGAAUCUAGAACUCAGGGAAUAGUAAGGAUGGUAGGGAAGGUUUAAAUUAGUAAAUUGGAAGAUUUCAUAGAAAACUCAUGAAGGUUAAGUGACCUGAGGAUGCAGAAGUGACAACUGGGCUAAAGUGAAGAACAAAUAUGGAGAGAAGUGGCAGACUUGCAUGAUACACAUGCAUUCAUUAAAGCAAACACAUCACAACCCAGUGAGUAUUCUCAAUAUCAGCAUAUAUCUUAAACUAGCACCACAAUCAAUAAUCAAAAUCCCCUUCAUCCACCAAUGGGUUCUAACUCCUAGAAUUUGUGAUUUCUAGUGCUCUGUAUUCUAACAUAGAUUUUGCUCAUCUUUGCAUUUUGUACUCUUGCUUAAUUCUCAGUGGCAUAUCUUCAUUUGGAGAGAUGUUUGUCUUUUAAGUCUAGCGGUGGCUUCUUGUCAUCCUGGUCCUACUCCUCCUCUUCCUCGUGUUCCUCUUCCUUCUUCUGUUCUUUCUCUUCCUGCUCCUCGUCCCUUUGCAUCUUUAUCUUUAUCUUUACCUUCAUCUUCAUAUUCUUUUUCACCAGAAAUCCCUCAGGUUGAUAGAGAUGGUGGUAUGUAGCUAUAUGUGCCACAUGUGGCCUAGAGUGUAGGACUGAUAAGAGGUGACUCAUAACAAUAUGGAUAGAGCAUGUAAUUCUGGGUUUAAAAAAAAAACAAAAACCUCUGCAUGACCUACACUUCAGGGGCCCUUAGAGCUUCCUCAGUAAAUUUCUGUUCAUUUGUGUCUCUUUGGGUUGGUCUCCUACCUGGGGAUGUGACAACAUGGAUCACAGGCAUUACAGUUUCAUGGUACAUUUCCAUAGAAGAGGAUGACAAAAUAAUUGCCUUUACGUAGAAAAUGAGUCAUAGGUUUCUCUUUGGAAUUCUUGUUUACCAACAAUUUCCCUAAAUGCACCAAGAUUCCCCCCUCACAUAUGUGGCACUAGGCUACAUGGCCUUCCAGCUAUGACAGGAAGCAUUGAAGUUUCUGCUGUAAAGGAAAGAAGAGAUUCGGGGCAGAAAGUGUCCUGACUCUGGGGCAUUACUGAACUCCUCUGCUGAGGAAGGAAUUUUGGGGCCAAACAGCAACAAUAAGUCUAUCAAGCAUAUAGCAAAAAUAUUCCUGAUAGUGUCACAUGAACCACAAUAUAGAGAUAUCUAAGGAUAAUUAAUAUCAGGGUCUGAAGUGAGAUAUUUAUGGUGGGGCUAGAAUAUGUGAAAACAAUGUUACAAGAAUGGCAAGAACCAAAUGAACAGAAAUAAUAGAGACUUAAAUUAUUUCAAGUCUUACUCUGAGUAAUUACUCAUGCAUCACAACAAGAAUGAUUACUUCAAACUUUCUGAUAACUAGAUAAACACAUGCAAAGAAGGAAGCAAUAUUUUCCAUAUUAUGGAUUCUUUGGGUAGCUUUCUGAAAUUCAGAACUAAAUAUUGCAAGCUAACUAAAAGAGAUGGAAUUUCUCCUAGAAUAUCAAACAAUACUUCAAGAAAGUUGUUUAAAAAUAGCAGAAAGGUCAAUAUAAUAAGUCAAUAUCAGUAUUCCACUAAAUUAUAUUUAAUGCAGAUAUUCAUUUAUAUUUUAAACAGGCAAUACGUAAAGUACCUACCUGAUUAUUCACUUUAAAGCUGGUGCAAAUUAAGGUAACAUGAAGGAUAAUAAUGCUUUGCAGAUUACUCUUUAAAAAUAAAUGAAAGAUAUUUAGAGAAUAUGUGAACUUUUAGAAAAACACAAAUAAGAAUAAAUGUGACAACGUUUGAAUGAAGUAAGAUUUAUUCAUUCAUUUAUUUGUUUAUUUACUUUUGAGACGGAGUCUGGCUCUGUCACCCAGGCUGGAGUGCAGUGGCACGAUCUCUGCUCACUUCAAGCUCCGCCUCCUGGGUUCACGCCAUUCUCCUGCCUCAGCCUCCUGAGUAGCUGGGACUACAGGCGCCUGCCACCACGCCCGGCUAAAUUUUUUUUGUGUUUGUUUUGUUUUGUUUUAGUUUUUGUUUUUGUUUUUGUUUUUUUGAGACGGAGUCUUGCUCUGUCGCCCAGGCUGGAGUGCAGUGGCGCGAUCUUGGCUCACUGCAAGCUCCGCCUCCUGGGUUCACGCCAUUCUCCUGCCUCAGCCUCCGGAGUAGCUGGGACUACAGGCGCCCGCCACCGCGCCCGGCUAAUUUUUUUAUUUUUAAUAGAGACGGGGUUUCACCGUGUUAGCCAGGAUGGUCUCUAUCUCCUAACCUUGUGAUCCGCCCGCCUCGGCCUCCCAAAGUGCUGGGAUUACAGGCGUGAGCCACCGCGCCCAGCCCUCAUUCAUUUAAUUUUUUGAGAUGGAGUCUCACUCUGCUGCUCAGGCGGAAGUGCAGUGGCACCGUCUCCGCUCACUAAAACUUCCACUUCCCAGGUCGAAGUGAUUAUCCUGCCUCACACUCCCCCUAGUAACUGGGAUUACAGGUGCAUGGCACCACGCCCAGCUAAUUUUUGUAUUUUUAGUAGAGACAAGGUUUCACCAUGUUGGCCAGGAUGGUGUUGAGCUCCCAAUCUCAAGUAAUCUGCCAGCCUUGGCCUCCCAAAGUGCUGGGACUGAAUUAAGUAAGAUUUAAGGGUUCAUAAAUUUGCUAUAGAAAGUAACACUAUUGGCAUUUCAUAAUACAGAUUAUAAUUAUAGAAGUUAUAUAGAUAAAUACAAGGAACUUGCAUGAUUCACCAGAAAUUUUCACAUAUUAAAUUAUAAAAUAAAAAUGCUAUAAGUAAACAAUAUGAUUAAUGUACUAGCAGAAAAUAGAACUUUCAACAGAGCUUUUUUUCUCUUUUGAAUUUGGUCAUUUGUGUAAAACAAACAGAAAAGCAUUUUGUAAAUAUUAGAAACUUAAAGCCAGCCAUUAGAAAGUAAUGCUUUUUCUUGAAAGAUUAAUUAAUAUUCAAUCUAUAAAAUUUAAGGUAUUAUUAACUAAACUUUUAAAUUAAAUAUUUUUAAAAAUAAUUUUUAAUAAGGACAACUGAUAUUUUAACCCAGAUUGAAGUAGCUCAUGGAUUUGUCAGUUUCUUUAAACAAAUGCUCAGAUUUCUAAGCAUUUAAGUGUCCUAAGAGUGCACCUACAAACUUCAUUUCUAGAUUCCUAUUCUGCUACUCUACUAUCUGUCUACGUUCCAAACACAUACAAUUUCUUCCAACUCCUUAAGGCCAUAUGGGAUCAUUCUAGGUGAUUUUCCCUCUGUCAGAGAGAAUUGGACCCAAUUAUGUUUCAAAAUGUAUAUUUUUAAAAAUUUUCCAUGUGUCUUCAUAAAAGUGAGAGAUUUCUCAUAAUUCUCUAAAGUUAAAAUUUUACUUCUGUAACACUAUUUCAAAAUUUCCUGAACUUCUUUUCUGAAGACCCUAACAUAAUUAGAUUGGCUAAUCUUUGUAUAAUUGAGAUAGUCAUUUUUAGUUCUAUUAUAAGGUCCACCAUGUGGGCAGGAAUAUAACUGGUGUUAUAUGCCAUUGCAUCCAAAAUUUCUACCAUUUAAUAGUUUGCUACAUGUUAACAAAUAUGGAAAUGAAUGAUUACAUGCCAUGAAGAAAACAGACUCAUAGCACUGUAAUCAGAUUACAAAAUCAACUUGUCCUGGUCCUACAGGCAAAGCAGAACCAAGAGACCCGGGUGUCACUGCUGAUAAGCACAAAGGAGUUGAAUGCUGUGAAACAUGAGGCCAACAGAACAGAGAUGUUCACCAUCCAAUGGCCUGGGUUUGCAGCUAAAGUCAUGCUAAAGUUAACAUGCUAUAGAUUGAAUAAAAGGUGAACAAGAGCAGACCAGGAUUAGGAUAGUGUAUGUGGCUCUGGUCUCAUGGGAAAGUCUGGAGAAGAGUCUAUGACUGUGAAUGUGUUGGACUCGCCGCUUCUGCCCGUGCAGGACAAAGACCAUGGAGCCACUGGCCCGGACCAUGAAAACCAAACUCACAAAGUCAGGGGAAAAAUAUGUGAUUGCAUAGAGUAAGCCAAAUCUGUCUUGAAUUGCACAGGAACAGACUCUGUAAUUUAUUUCUUCAUUAAGGUUUUUCCUGUUCAAUGGACCAGUCACUAUUUUAAGAAUACAUGUGUUCAUCAAGAGAUGCAAAAUCCAGCACAAGAAACAAGAGAAGCCAAUGAACUUUGGGUAUCUAAUCUUGAGCUCCAUCCACCUCCAUAUACUGGGGUUGAGGUUAAUGGCUUGGAAGCCAUUGAGGAGGCAGAUACUGCUGAAGGAAACCCCUGUGUCUACUCUGUAAUAAUAAAAGAAAGUUUACAUCCUGCAUCAUCCAGGAAACAUUUUGACCCAAAGGCCUCCAUUGUUUGAGGUAUCCCUUUGUAGAAAAGGACCAAGCAGUUGGCUUAGGUUAGUUGGUUGAGAAUCAGGUCUGUGGGUCUCAACUUCUGUCCAGUGAGAAAAGGGAAGCUGUAAAGACAAAGGAGUGAGGAAUUUCCCAGGAUCCCAAUUCCAGUCUGAGCAAGGAGGAUUUCAACUUUUCAAACUCAAUUGCCUCAGUAUCUAGAAUGUGUUGAUUUCAGUUAAAGUCAGAAGAAUAAGUAGGAAAAAAAACAUAGAUGUCUUACCAUCACCAUAAAGAGUACUUUUCUGUGCUUAUACUAUUGCAUAUUUCCCACUUUAAUUGAGCAUUGACACUUUACGGUUAUUUGCCCAAAGGCAGUUCCUGCAAAACUGCAUUGCAAAUAACUUCAGUGUCCACCUACAAGAGUCUGGGUGAAUGAAUGAUAGCAAAACUGCAUAAUAGAUCGCCACGACUUUAGAGAUUAGUAAAGAUCUCUGUAUAUCUGUCCCAUCAGUAUUGUUUCAGGAUUUUUCCAACACCAUUGAAAAAUUAGGAAACACCUUGAACACAACACAAAUUUUGUGAUUGUUCCUGGUUGCUUUGUCUGCAGGAAAGAUGAGAUGAAUGCAGAAAACUCUACCUAGCUAAAAUAAGUUAUGUAGGAAUAUAAAAACUCAUACAAGGACACAAUUUGAAAAUCUGGUAAUGUCAGUUCACCCUAUGGUGUGAGCUAAACCCAUCCAUAUUAGCGUUACACUUUCCAUCUGAUUUUAUGUAAUUCUCCUACCACCACUUCACAGUAACUCACAAGCUGCAGCCCUUGACUCCCACUUUCACAGGCAAAAUUCAGGCUUUUUAAGUAAAGUGCCAUAUUUAUCAUAUUUAUUUAUUAAAUAUUUUACAUGUGUAACAUUGUGUUGUCUUACUUAGUAUACUUCUAUAUUUUAUCUUUCACAGAUGAUAUUUUGUGUUUCCAUAAGCCCUGUGAUUUUAUUUUGUAUUUUGCAUAAUUCCAUGUUUUUCAGGAAUGCGUACAUUGCAUUAUUGCAGAACUGACUUAAUGGAGUUUUUCCAGGGUAUAUUUUGCAUUGAAAAAUUCACAUUCCAGGAUUGUAUACAUAUUUUUUGAAGCAAGUAAAAACAUAUAAAAGGACAGAGUGCUAACAGAGAAAAGGGACAGAACUGAUACUUUAUACAAUUUUCUUCUGUUAUACCUUUGUCUUUUUAUAAAUUUAAAUAUUGGGUGUUUUGUUUUGUUUUGUUUUGUGACGGAGUCUCGCUCUGUUGCUAGGCUGGAGUGCAGUGGCACAAUUGCAGCUCACUGCAACCUUUGCCUCCCGGGUUCAAGUGAUUCUCUUGCCUCAGCCUCCCAAGUAGUUGGGGCUACAGGUGCCCACCACCACGCCCAGCUAAUUUUUUGUAUCUUAGUGGAGAUGGGGUUUCACCAUGUUGGCCAAGAUGGUCUCGAUCUCCUAACGUCAUGAUCUGCCCGCCUCGGCCACCCAAAGUGCUGGGAUUACAGGUGUGAGCCACAGUGCUCGGCCAGUACAUAAUUUUUAUACAAUAUUAAAUCAAGGUGAAAUUUGAAAAAUCCAUGCAAUGAAAGGUGAAAUGAACAAAAAAGCAAGCUUGAUUGUGUGUCAGCAUUAUUGCCAAUGCAGGCAAGAUUUUUUUUUUUAAAAGCCUUCAUGUGGUUUUAAAACUUAGACACAUAUGUGAACACACACACACACACACAACUAAAUAUAAGUAAAAGUGAUGAAAUCUGAAUGAGAACAUUGGAGAGGAUCAUUAUCAAUAUCGUUGUUUUGAUUUUAUAAUAUAGUCUUGCAAAUGUUAUCCUGGAGAAACUAGAUAAUAUAAUGUAUACACAGGAUCUUUCAGUAUUUUUUUUACAGUUGCAUGUAAAUCAUCGAUUAUGUCUAUAUACAUUUUCAACUAAAAAUUAUGUGGGUAUAUACAAGGCAAAAAUAUACACAAAAACUUGUAAAAGUCACAUCCAUAAUCAUGUGUUGGCAAAAUGUAUUGCUAUUGAUACAUUGAAAAAAUAAGCCUCUUAAAAUUUGGCAAUAUUACACUAAAAUUAGAUAAUUUUAAGGAAAUAUAGAAGCACAAUGUAAAACUCUUUUUUUUUGAGACGGAGUCUCACUCUGUCGCCCAGGCUGGAGUGCAGUGGCACAAUCUUGGCUCACUGCAAGCUCUGCCUCCCAGGUUCACGCCAUUCUCCUGCCUCAGCCUCCCCAGUGGCUGGGACUACAGGCGCCCACCACCAUGCCCAGCUAAUUUUUUGUAUUUUUAGUAGAGACAGGGUUUCACCAUGUUAGCCAGGAUGGUCUCGAUCUCCUGACCUUGUGCCUCCCAAAGUGCUGGGAUUACAGGCAUGAGCCACCACGCCCGGCCCGUAAAACUCUUAAAAUAUGAGGAUCAUGGCUGGGCGCAGUGGCUCACGCCUGUAAUCCCAGCAUUUUGGGAGGCUGAGGUGGGCGGAUCACCUGAGGUUGGGAGUUCGAGACCGUCCUGACCAGCAUGGAGAAAUCCCGUCUCUACUAGAAAUACAAAAUUAGCUGGGCAUGGUGGCACAUGCCUGUAAUCCCAGCUACUAGGGAGGCUGAGGCCGGAGAAUCGCUUGAACCUGGGAGGUGUAGGUUGCAGUGAGCCGAGAUCAUGCCAUUGCACUCCAGCCUGGGCAACAAGGGCGAAACUCCAUCUCAAAAAAAAAAAAAGUAUCAGAAACAAAUAAUAGUGGAGACAAACGAUUGUGAUGCCUUACCUUGUUUUAACCUGAUUGUCUCUCUUAGCUGAGAGAGCCGAACAAACUCCACUUUUGUUUCUUCGCUUGCAGCCCCCUUAUCCCCCUCCCUUAAGGACAUAACUAGUGCAGGCUGACUCCAAGCACAUCCAGGAAUGCACUUACUGAUAAGACACUGAGGCAAGCUGUACUAGCAGCUCCUAGGAAUGCCCUCAGCUAAUGGUACCCAAAGCCCCUGCAUUUAUCACUUUGUGAUAAUUAAGCUCCUGCACCUGGAACUGUUUAUUUUCCUGUAACUGUUUCUGUAACCAUUUAUCUUUUAACUUUUUGCCUGUUCUGCGUCUGUAAAAAUUGCUUCAGCUAAACUCCCCCUCCCCUAUUUACAUCAAGGUAUAAAAAGAAAUCCCGCCCCUUCUUCGGGGCCAAGAGAAUUUUGAGCUCUAGCUGUCUCUCGGUCGCUGACAAUAAAAGGACUCCAGAAUUA